GGUGGCCAGCAGAGGGCGCGCGUGGACAGCCCAGCGGGCCUAGCUAGAUGCACCUGCCGGACCUGGUGAGUGAGUCCAGCCAGGGUGCGACCCCAACCCUGCCCCAGCCUGUCAGCACCUGUCAGGGAUCCCGAGGGGCAUCAGAAGACACGGGCCAGAGUGGCAGGAUCACCCGUGGGUUCCAGGGCUCAGCUGGUAACCCGAACUUGGACCUGUCCCUUGCCAGGCAGCCCACCAGCUGGGUCCAGACCCACAGACAGCAACACUCUGCGAGUGCUGGGCUCACAGAAGCCCUGUAGUCAUCCACUCCUGCACGUCACCUUCACCAGGAAUAGACCAGGGUCUCUGAGCUGAGCCCACUGGGCUUGGGGACGUGAACCCCAGCUGCUACUGCUCCUGGAGAUACCCCAGAAAGAUGCCCCAGUAUUGAGGUUUUGAGGGAAAGAGCAAAUAGGGAGGACCCAAGGUCUCAGAGCAGAUGGCGCAGGAAGAGCUGCUCUCUGAGUGACACCUGCCAAACCCUCCAUCCUAUUUGUGGCAGGCCCAAAUUGCAGAAGGCAAUUAAGAUAUAAAGAACUAUUAGUACAUAAAAGACCAGAAGUUACUUCCCUCCCCAGGAGAAGCUGCCUGCCACCCCUGCCAACCAGUAGUAUCCAGGUCACCAUCUGCCCCUGCUUAGGCUUGGGAUGGCCUGACCCAGGCAUAACCAGAGGUCCUACUGGCCAGUGGGCACUUCUGAGGCACCUGUGAGAGCAGGGAGACAGCUAAGUCAGACUCCACCACCACCACCAGGUGACUGACAGCUCUUCUAGCAGCUGAAAAACUCUACACUUGCAGAUCCCUGGCCUCUUACAGCCUCCUCCUGGGCCUCACGUAACCCUCCCAUCACCCAGACCCAUCCAGGUCUCAGCCCAAAUUCUCCUGCCCACCACCAGGUCCCAGCCUGUUGACUCUUCAGACACAGAGGGAGUGAAAACCCAUCAAGGAAGGGUCACAUUCCCCAUCCCAGGCUGACCUGGGCAUGCAUGCCUCAGGGUCCAUCUCCAUUCAGGGCUUCCUCCUUCAUUCCAGGGCCAGCAUGGGUCAGGGACAGAGGGAAGCAUCAGUCCCAAAGAGAACCCAGCUUCCAAGGCUUCCUUCUGGGGAGAGCACCCCCCAAGUUGUUUGUUUGUUUAUCCUGGCUGGCACUGAGGCAGGAAUGCAUUUCCUUUACUCUGUAUGCGUGUAUGGUUCUCACACAGUGCCUAGGCUCUCCACAGGCUAUGGAUGGAGGGAGCUGCAAGCAGUUCCUAAGCACCUUACAAAGCAGGAUUCAGUGUGGGAAAGGGGGAGGCCCUUGCAGUUUCCUGCUCAGCACCCAUCUGCUGCUCACACCACCCCCAUCCCCAGGGUGGUCACUGCACUCUGAGCCUGGGGUCCUGAGCACCCACUCACCCAGGAGGGGUCUGGCCCAGUCAGUCAUGCCUGCCACAUAAGAACCUUCUUAACCAGCUGUCUCCCAGCUCUCUCCCACCUCAGGGGACUGCAAUCCCAAGCCCCAGGGUGACCCUAAGAGACAUCUGUUGACUGGAGGCCCAGGUGAGAGAAGGACCACCCCCAGCAUCCACACAGAAGCCCAGUUUGGGCACUUUAUAGGUGUGUACCACCACACCUAUAAUCCCAGCUACUCAGGAGGCAGAGGCAGGAAGAUUGUCCAGUUCCAGCCCAGUCCACGCAAAGACCGCCUCUAUCUCAAAAACAAAACACAAAGGAAAAGGACUGGGGUGUGACUCAAGUGGUAGAGCACAAGCUGGAGGCCCUGGAUUCAAUUCCCAGUAGUGCCAGAAAAGAAAAAGAAAAAGAGAAGGAGGAGUCUGCCAUAACCCCCAAAAUAUUUACCUCCAAAGACUCCCAGAGCGUCUCAGCUCCCAGACAGAGGUCUUCAGCUUCAUUCUCAGAACUGUCUUUCUGCCUGGCACAGGGCAUGACCCAGAGAAGAGGCUCAGUCAAUAUCUGAUGACUCAAUAGAUGGUUGACUGGGCCUGCCUUCUGGGGCCUCACCAGGCCCUCAUCCAGAAACAACUAAGGUCCCUCCCAGCUAGGCUGCCUCUUUAGUAGGCACCUCAUGGGGUGGCCUGAGACUGCCCACCCCUUCCUUUGUGCCUGGUCCCUGUAAAGUGGUCCAAGUUGUAAUUACCUAUGUUUUGUUCCUGCUGUGAACUCGGGAGUCUAUCACGUGGUUGUAUCCCCACAGUGGUGGGCUAGAGACCAAUACUCCGUGGCCUUCGUGGAGAGCGUCGGGUGGGUGUGGGAGGUUAUUUAGGGGCGGCUUUUCACUGGAAGCCUCAAGGGCUGAAUGUCUCAGGUAGAGCUAGGGGACAGCGCCGUCCUGGGGAACACUCGAGUCCUGGAGCACCCAACCCCCACCCCGCCAGCGUUCCCAGGAUAUGUGACCUGAGGCGAACCUUGUCGCCUCGGAGCUUCCCAAGCAAAAUGGAUAUCCAGGCUCCCACCUCCAGGGGUCAAGGAAAGGGUAACGUGGACGCUGCAGGUAAGGCGCUUCGCCGGCGGAGCUCGCCGAGCGCGCACUCGAGGACCGCACCGGGGCUGGGGAGGGCUCUCCCGGCGGGCGGCCCGGCUGAACAAAGGGUGGGGGGAGGAGAAAAGCCGGCGUCAGCUCCAAUCCCGGCGGGCAGGGAGCGGAUCAUCGCGCAGAAGGACAGCAGGACCGGGACAGCAGAUCAGGCCGCGGCUCUGUGCGCAGCGAGACAGAGGGGUGUCCGAGCCACGCGGAGCCCCGGGCUGGAAAGGCUUCCUGGAGAUCUGGCACCAUGAACUAGGACACUCCGAACACUGCACCCUUUCUUCACUUCAGGGGUCACCCACCCCACUGCCACUGCCCCACCAUGGCCGGUGACCGGCUCCCACGGAAGGUCAUGGAUGCCAAGAAGUUGGCCAGCCUACUGCGGGGCGGGCCUGGGGGCCCUCUGGUCAUCGACAGCCGCUCCUUCGUGGAGUACAACAGCUGGCAUGUGCUCAGUUCUGUCAACAUCUGCUGCUCCAAGCUGGUGAAGCGGCGGUUGCAGCAGGGCAAAGUGACCAUCGCUGAGCUCAUCCAGCCAGCUGUGGAGGCCACAGAACCACAGGACGUGGUGGUCUAUGACCAGAGCACACGGGACGCUAGUGUGCUGGCAGCAGACAGCUUCCUGUCCAUCCUGCUCAGCAAGCUGGACGGCUGCUUCCACAGUGUGGCCAUCCUCACAGGGGGCUUUGCCACCUUUUCCUCCUGCUUCCCCGGCCUCUGUGAGGGCAAGCCUGCUGCCCUGCCAUCCAUGAGCCUUUCCCAGCCCUGCCUGCCAGUGCCCAGUGUGGGCCUGACCCGAAUCCUGCCUCACCUCUACCUGGGCUCUCAGAAAGAUGUCCUAAACAAGGAUCUGAUGACCCAAAAUGGAAUAAGCUAUGUCCUCAAUGCCAGCAACUCCUGCCCCAAGCCGGACUUCAUCUGCGACAGUCACUUCAUGCGUAUUCCCAUCAAUGACAACUACUGUGAAAAGCUGCUGCCCUGGCUGGACAAGUCCAUCGAGUUCAUUGAUAAAGCCAAGCUGUCCAGCUGCCAGGUCAUCGUCCACUGUCUGGCUGGCAUCUCCCGCUCUGCCACCAUUGCCAUCGCCUACAUCAUGAAGACCAUGGGCAUGUCCUCUGAUGAUGCCUACAGGUUCGUGAAGGACCGGCGCCCUUCCAUUUCUCCCAACUUCAACUUCCUGGGUCAGCUGCUGGAGUAUGAGCGAAGCCUGAAGCUGCUGGCUGCCCUGCAGGGUGACCCGCCCCACCUAGGAACCCCAGAGCCCCUCCAGGGCCCUGCAGCAGGAAUCCCACUGCCCAGGCUGCCACCAUCUACCUCAGAGAAUGCUGCCACAGGCAGUGCAGCCGGCACCACAGCCAGGGAGGGCAGUCCCAGGGCUGGUGGAGAGGUACCAGCACCCACUGGGGCGCCAGCCACCAGCGCACUGCAGCAGGGCCUGCGUGGCCUGCACCUCUCAUCUGACCGCCUCCAGGACACCAAUCGCCUCAAGCGUUCAUUCUCACUGGACAUCAAGUCGGCCUAUGCCCCGAGCAGGCAGCCUGACUGCCCUGGACCGCCCGACCCCGGCGAGGCCCCGAAGCUCUGCAAGCUGGACAGCCCGUCUGGGGGCACACUGGGGCUACCCUCGCCAAGCCCCGACAGCCCUGAUGUGGCACCAGAGGCGAGGCCGCGACCUCGCCGGCGGCCAAGGCCCCUGGCCGGUUCUCCUGCGCGCUCGCCGGUGCACGGCCUCGGCCUGAACUUCGGCGACACAGCCCGGCAGACUCCGCGGCACGGCCUCUCGGCCCUGUCAGCGCCCGGGCUGCCCGGCCCUGGCCAGCCGGCUGGCCCCGGGGCCUGGGUGCCGCCGCUGGACUCCCCGGGCACGCCGUCGCCCGAUGGGCCGUGGUGCUUCAGCCCUGAGGGCGCGCAGGGGGCGGGCAGCGCCCGGUUCCCGGCCUUUGGCCGGGUGGUUGCGCCGGGACCCGGUGCCAGCAGCGGUGACCUGCGGCGGCGGGAGGCGACGCGGGCAGAGCCCCGGGACGUGCGGACCGGCUGGCCGGAGGAGCCGGCCCCGGACGCGCAGUUCAAGCGGCGCAGUUGCCAGAUGGAGUUCGAGGAGGGCAUGGUGGAGGGGCGCGCGCGCGGCGAGGAGCUGGCGGCUCUGGGCAAGCAGGCCAGCUUCUCCGGCAGCGUGGAGGUCAUCGAGGUGUCAUGACCCCCUCCACUGCCGUCAGCAAUCCCCUGCUGGGCUGCCAGCCGGGCCCAGCAUAAAUAUAUAUUAUAUAUAAUGCGAAGAAAGGUAAAUGGUUUUACUGCAGUUUUUAUCGAGAAGUAAAUAUUUCGAUUUUUUUAUUUAUUUAAGCUGUUCAUUCUGGCAGUGAUUUGGCAACAGUGCGGGGCGGUCCCAAGCUCUGUUUUUACUGUCUGGUAUUUAAACUGAAACACACGUUUCUAAGCAAUAUGAGGCCACCUUCAGUCCCAAACUGGGGUGCCAGGUCUGGGCUCCUUCUCUUCCCUCGCCUAGGAAACAUUGCUGACUUUGCAAAGAGCUGCCGAGCUUUUGAGCACUUUUUACAUAAGAAAAAGGGGAAAAAGGAAAAAAAAAUUCUUUGCCACAAACUGAGCCGCAGAACCUUCUUCCCUCUCCUCCACUCACCUCCUCUCCUCUCCCUUUUUGUCUCCGGCUCUGCACCAAAGCCUUAGGUAGCAGGGAAUGUGGCCCUACUGUGCCCACAGGAGACCCCAGCUGGGCCCUUGAGCUAGCCCCCUACCAGCUCAAGGCGUCAGGUCUCAGUGACAUGGAAGGUACCCUUGCUGCCUGUCACUCCAGAGCUGUACCCUGGCAGGUGUUGACAGGCACUGGCCCAGUGUGGAGGGGCUUGGGCAAAGGGGCUCCUGACAGUCAGUUGAGGUGGACUCCAAGGCAAAGAUGGGGUGGAAAUGUCCCCUCCUCCUGCCUGAGGCUGUCCAGUUUCUCAGAACAGCCACUCCCCUCUCCUUUGCAGGUGCCUACUGCCCAACAGAAGCACAGCAAAAGAGCUUUACCUGGGAACAGGCUGGAGGAGCUGGGUAGCUAGUGCCUGCUCCACUGGUCAGAGGGAGGCUCUGGGCCCAGGAAUGAGGAGGAAGUGGAGCCAGGGUCCUGUUCUGGACUCUUCCACAACCCAGCCGCAGGUCCAGGCAGGACUUGGAAUUUAGGGGUACACUGGCAGGUUGGGGGCCCUUCACAAGCAGGCCUGCCCAACUCUUACACUUCCAAGGUGAGUCCUUAGCCUGUGAGAGGGCCACCUCAAGGCAAAGAAAGACCCCAGAUGAGAGCAGGUGCUGGAGAAGGCCUCCUUGCCUGCCCCAAACCCCACAGGGCCUCUCAGGAGAGAAAGCCCCUGUAUUCUUUCCUAGAGCGCUCUCCCAGUGUGUGCAAGGUGACAUGCCAUCCCCCACCUCCAGAUGGCUUUUUGGCCCAGGAGGGUCAACCUGGGGGUGAGGGCAGAAAAGAAGCCCCAGCCACUCCUGCCACAUACCCUCUUGGGUCAUUUGGGACCCAAGGUCUUGGGGGCAGGACCGGGAAUCCCUGUCCCUCAGAUGUCCUAGAAUGUAGGAGCGGGCCGUCACUUUGGAAAAAGGCCAGGGGCUUGGUGGCAGAGUGGCCCAGGCAGGACUGAGUCCUGGAGCAGGCCUGGGGUGGCCCCUGUCUGCCCCCUACAGCCCCUUCGCUAUUUGUUCUUUUGAUCCACAGCCCUGUGUUCCUGUCACUCCUUCUUAAGGAAAAGUCCUCUUUCAGCUCCCUCUGUCCCACCCACCCUGAUCCCUGAGAAAAUAAGCUAUCAUUGUAUUUGCAAUCUGUGGAUUAGAGGUUUUAAGUAUUUAUUAUUAUUGGUUAAUUAUUAUUAAUUAUGUAAAUUUGCCUCCUGUCUGUUGCGUUGGGUUUCUGAGGUGACCCUGGGUGUAGAGGAUGCACUGGCUCCCCCCUCCUCACCCCCACCCCUUUACUGUCCAGGAGACAGUGGUCUGGGGCCACUGGUUGGGUCCCCAAACUCUGGGGUGGGGCCUGUGGCCCCGCCCUCCCCUUACUAGGGUGUGGCUUCUUUCCUGAGCACAUGGGGCACCCUGGUCUCAGUCUGUCUCUGCUCUCGCUCUGGGGACCCCAAAGUGAGCAGGCAAGAUGGGGAAGAACAUCCUGUCUCUGCCGCCUCCUCCUCCUAUAUGCUGGAAGAGGUGAGGCACCAGCCCUUUCCUGGUCACUUUCUACCCACUGUCCCAAGUAUGGAGAGCUGGCUGAGUCUCUCCAAGCCUCUUCUGCCCCUCCCACCUGGCCACUGCUUGGCAUUGGGAUAACCCAGAAUGGACUUGGUGCCCUCCUAUUAUUUGCUGGAAAGUCCAGCGGAGAAGAGGUGGCCAGUCCCCUGCUCAAGGCUCCUGGUCCCUGAGGACUAGGGUGCUGGCCCACCUGCCCCAUUGGAACCCUGCCCCCAGUGGGCCGCACUUUUCCUGUUCCUUCCUUUUGUAUUUGAAAACAAUGUGUUGUAAUAAAUCCUGAGACGGAUGUUUUCCCCAGGCCUCCGCUGCCUCUUUCUUCGGACUGGUGGUGGGCUGGGGUAGGGGCUACCUGAAGCCAGGAGCCUAGUGGUUGGGCCUGCAAAUCCUGCCUAUCAAGAGGGCAGAGAUCUGAGUCUGAGACUUGUCCCAGAAGGACCAGGAGUUGGGGAGAGGCACCCACAGAAUGUAAAAUGCCUU